AUGAGUUUUACCAUUAAGAACGCCAAAUUCAUCAAAAUCGAAAAAGAUCAAGAAGUUUUUGCUCGUGGGCCUCUACCAUAUGCAGAAAAUCGUUUGUUGCAACAGGGUCAACAGUACGAUCAAGUAGUAGAAAAUUCAAAUAUUUCAUUUGUGUACCGUGCUGGAAUCUGCGACGAACCAAAAGAAGACAAAGAUGUUGUUCUAAGUAACGUAAGAAAAAUAAGUCAGGCCGGGCCUGAAAAUCAAAAAAACUUAAAUAUUCUGACCGAGCUAGCCUGCGUUAAGAAAUGAAAACGGGUCAAACCUCAAAAGUAGACCCCGCUCGUUUUUCACCCCUAUUUUCACCAACUCCCUCUCCCUUUUAAAAACUUAGGACAAUUUUAAUAUUGUAUAUUGCAGCUUUUAUCGACCAGUUUUCUGAUUGUGUUGAACGAAAAACUAGAAAUUAUUCAUGAUGUUGUUUUCCCACACGAAACAAACCUACAAAACGUGCUGCUGUUUACUAAAGAAUUGUGCGGCGUGACCGAUGAUGAAGUUUUAGAAAUGUACAAAGUUAUCGUCACGACAGACAAUAUUUGCAAGGCUAUAUCCAUAGGUAGCAAAACGCAAGCUCAAGUUGUUGUAUCUAUUGUAGCUACAGGAACCAUUCCGCAGAUACCCGCCAACGUUAACGACAGAGAACAUAAAGAACUGCCGAGUUUUGUUUUGGCAUAUGAUUUAGCUGAUUUGCUGGAAGAGGAAGACAAAGCGUUGGCUGACUUGCUACGGACUGGCCAACCGGUUCGAAUGACAAACCAAAGCAAGGCUUUAAUGUAUUGCGAAAAAAUAACUGAAAAUUUUUUAAAACAUUGUUGUUAGUAAGUUUUUUUACAAAAAAAACCCUACGUACCCCUACCGCUCCUGCCCCGCUCUGAUAGACUUGAAAAUUUUUAUAUAGGAAAAACAUGUAAAUAUAAGAUCUAAAAAAUUACAUCUUGAAUUUCCCGCCAAAUUGGCAUUGUGUUUCAAGCUUAUAAUUUUCUCAUUUUUUGACUUUUAACUAUUUUUCCUUGAUAUACUAGUAGAAUACCCUAAAAUUAACUCACAUUUUUUAAUUUAUAAGCGUAGCUUGUUUAGAAAGUCAAAAAAGAGCUUGAAACACAAUGCCAAGUUUGCCAAAAUGGCGGGAAAACAAAAUUUUUUAAAUUUAAAACUCAAAAGCGCGAGCUGAAUUUUUUAGGGUACUAUUGGUAGCACAAGGAAUUCAUAUAAAAAUUUUGAGCUGAUUCUGAGCGGCGCAGGUUGGGCACUUUCCUUGUUAGACCGGGAUGGACCCAAAAAUUAGAAGUUUAGACCGAACCAAACUAGGGUUGGACAUUUACCGGUAAUUUUACCAGCUUUUUUUACCGAAAAAUCAAUUUACCGGUAAAAGUCUAGCCCUAGACCAAACCCAAAAAUUGAUGUUCUGGACCGGUGAAAAACGCUCCGGACUGGUUCGGGCAAAGCACUGCCUUUAGAUCUACCUUGACUGAUUUAUAAUUACAUUUUCAGCCGGCAUCCAACCGUACAAGGAAUCUCUGAUUACAUUGACAGUUUGACGGCCGAAUACGACAAUUUAGAUAAGGUAAUAAAGUUUUCUAAUUUUCUACGAGGCUUAUAUCGGCAGGGUCGGGCGGGGACUUUUAGUCUAGAGGCGGGGGUCAAAAAAGCCAGCACAAAUGACGACUUUUUAAAAUUUUUUUUAAAAUUUCCACUGGGGGACUACGUUCAAUUUUUUUCAAAAAUGUUUUUUUUGGGGCGGGAGCCAUGUAUACCGGUUCUGUAUUAUUGAUUACGGAGAGAUAGUUAAAAUCAUAAGAAAUUAACUUUUUUGGAAUUUUAGAGAAGUUUCUUUGUGGACAAGGUAAACAUUGUCAGUUUUGUACAUCAUACCUUCAGACUACAGGGUUUGAUCAGGUUCAGUCACAUGUUUAAUCAAAUUGUCAGACGCUACAAUCAGUAUUUAAAAAAGUCACCCGCUUCUGUGGAAAUGGCAAGUUUAUUCCUGCGGCCGCUGGAAUUUAAACAACAAAUAUCGGCAAUGCUAAAAUACAAUGAACAAAUACAUGAAAGUGAACAAAAUACAGGAUGUGGGUACGAACCGCUGCACUAUCUACACACUGCAUGGCGUGCAACUUUAUACAAAGUAUUAUAUAGUGUAUAUAACACAACGUAAGACUUUACAAUUUUUCAUUAACAAAAAUUUUUAUUAUUAUUAGACGCAGUCAAAGUGAUAAACAUCAGGGCCGGGCGAGGACUUCUGGUCUGGGAGCGGGGGUAAAAAAUGCUUUUUUGUGAAAAUUUUUAUCUAAAAAUCCACAAGGAGGACCAUGUUCAACUUUAUUCAAAAAUUUUUUUCUGGGAGGGAGAGGGGAGGGUUCUUUGAUAAGUGACAUAAAUCAGAUAACAGAACAUAAAAAGUUACCGUGAAAACUGCUGAAUAAUCUUUUCUAGCAAUUUAUAUUUUUUAGUCCACAUAAAGGGCAUUAUCUUCCCGCCUCAACUGAUUGGUUCAACUGGUAUAACAAACCAGAAGAAGUACCAAGUGGUAGCUACGAACGAAUUGUGCCCUGGCGCAACGCUUUCCAAUAUUAG